GGGACUUAAAACCAAAAAUAGUUCCAACUACUCUACAGCUCAUAUAGUGGUACAAUCACUAUCUUCUUUUUGGCUUUACCAUUUAUCCUGAUUCCUCCCUCCUAGACUAUCUCAAACUGUUAUAUCAUGGUAAACACUAUAACCUACGAUCUCAUUUUAUGGAUGAUAAAACUAAUUUCUUUUUAACGCCAAAUUGAAUGGGUGCAGAACAAAGUGUUAGUCAGCAGAAGCAGUCACAUGAUUCCGCAAGAUAUUCACAACUGAAUUCUCGCCAGCUAACAAAAGGAUCUGGUCAUACUUCAUCUCUACCUUCUUCGCCUCAAUAUGAUUGGCGUCGUUCAUCAUUAUCAGCAUUCGUUGGUACAUCGUAUUUGGAUAAGACUAACGACAGUAACAAUUAUGGUAGUAUGCGAAUUUCUUCUAAGCAAAAACAUCAACAACGAAAUUCUAUAUCAAGUCUACCAAAAGAUACUUCUGCAUCAUCAUCAACAUCAAUUGAACAGGGUUUAAAUCGAUCUCAAAGAUCCUAUUCAACUAAAUCAUUAAAUAAUUCCACAUUUAAUAAAUCAUCCUCAAUAAUUAAACACAAACAAACUGGUAGCGGUAUACUGAUUGUCAAUCCUGGUCGACACACUUCAAGUUAUUAUGAUUUAGGUGGUAGUAGAGAUGAUGCCAACAAUAACAACAGCAACGACGUUACCGUUAAUCAUACAGAAUUAGAUCGAGUUCUAUUGAAAAAACUUCAACGGAUUUCUACAUUUGAACCGCUUUUAACUACAAUGAAAGUACAGUAUCAUUCAACAACAAUAGCAAAUCAAUCACACACUUCAACUUCUCAACCAGUGUCAUCAUCUUCAUCAUCAACAUCAACAUCAGUUAAAAAGAAACAGUUUAUUCCAAAUCUUCCAGAGUUCAAUUAUGAAGCGUUGGUGAAAAUGUCAUCAAUGUAUGAGCAAUAUUUGUAUAAAUAUACUACUGAAUUGUCACAAAAGCAAUCUGAUCUAGUCAUUAUACAAAAUAAAAUUGAUCGAGAUAUUUCUCAACUCUUAGGUACACUUCAAGCACGUGAAAAAGGUAUCAAUAAUAAUAAUAAUAAUAAUCGACAUUCAACUAGUUCAACAUUUCGAAGUCCUUUUAGUAGUCCAAAGAAAACUACCACUACUACUACUACUACUACUAUUACUACUAAUACUACUACGGCUACAAAUUCAACACUUGACUCUACAAAAUUAUCAGGAUCUCAACAGAUUGAAAGUGUUGUUUUAUUAACUAGUCAAAUCUCCGGUUUAAUAACACAAUGUGAUGAAUUGAGUAAACAGUUAAUGAAUUCAAUCAAUGAUUUAAAUGAAGCAUUAUCUGAUUAAAAAAAAAAGAUAAAUAAUUUCGAUUAGGAAAAAGAAAUUAUAUAUAUUGAAACAAUCAUAUUUUACACUCUCCUAAUCUUUAAAUAGUACACAAGUAUAUAUUUUUUUUAAACACGUAAACAAACAUGUAAAUAAUUUAAUUUCUGUUAUAUUGUGUAGGCUGUUUAAUUAUGUAUAAUUCUUUCAAACUUCCAUCUUAUUUGUAAAUUCCUAAUUCCCCGAGUGUGAUAUCCUUUUGUUUUUUUUUUAUAAAAUUUUAAUAUUUUGAAAUAGUUGAGUAAUUAUUGAAUAUUUAGUGCAAAG